UCUUCGUCGCGGUCCCGGUCACCCCCUGCGCUGCCCCGGCCCCGCGGCCGGGCACGAUCCGGAGGCGCCCGGAGGGGCGGGGGGCGACGGAGGAGGGCAGCGGCGGCGCGUGCCGGCGGCCCCCCCCGGCCCGGGACUACAACGCCCACAGUGCCCCGCGGCGGCGGCGGCGGCGCUUCCGGGCGGCGGGGGGGGGGCUUCCCCGGCGCCGCGCCCGGUGGAUGGCGGUGGCGCGGAGCAUGGGGCCGGAGCGGGUGUGUCCCGAGGAGCCGGGGCCGCCGGAGACCCCCGACGGCGCGGCGGGCUGGAGUGGCGACGAGGAAGAAGAGGAGGAGGGAGAAGAGGAGGAGGAGGGAGAAGUGGAAGGCGGAGGCGGGUACUUGUACCAGCCGCUGAGCCAGGAGCCGGAGCAGGGCCCUGGUGAGGCGGUUCCCACCACCGCCCCGUCGGGCUGCGCCGAGCCGGGCCCCGGCCUUCAGGAGCGGCUGCAGAUGCUGAGGCUGCAUCUGCCCGACCCGCCGGCGGACAGCGAGGAGGAGGAAGAGGCGGAGGAAGGCGCCGCGGCUCAGAGCAGCCGCAGCUCCAUACCCAUGGAUGCAGAGCAUGUGGAGCUGGUGAAGAGGACGAUGGCUGGCGUGAAGCUCCCCACCCUGGGCAUCCCCGCCUGGGCCAGCCAGAUCUCGGAGGACCAGUGGAAGGACGUGGUGCAGCGCACACUGCAGGCCCGGCAGAGCCUCGGCAGCCCCAGGCCCGAGUGGAAGUGAGGGCCAAGCUGCAGUGUGGGCGCUGCUAACCCCAGCCCUUCCUCAGCCGCGCAGGCAAGGCAGGCACCCGUGCUCUCAAAGCCAGGUGGUGAUGGGACUUGCCGACAUUGACCUUCCAGUUUCCCCCACUGAUGUCGUCCAACUUCCCUCCCUGCUCCUCUUACCUGGUUCUAGCUGGCAUGUAAGUCACUGUGAUGUCCUUCUGUUGGCUUCCUCUGCCUCCGAGGAGCCUGACUGGUUUCCAUACCUGUGUGCGUCUGCAGGGAGGGGGCUUGGCUGGCUUUGCCUGGAUUCCCCUGGGACAAACACUGGAUUUGUCCCCAUGCUGUCAGUGCUGGAGAAGUCCCUCUCCACACUAGGGCCCCUCUUCUCAGGACAGGGACUGCACGUUGGAAUAUCAGAGGUGGAGUCCAGAGUGUCUUUCCAAGAGAUCAGUUUUAUUUAGUUCUGUACAUACAGGGACAUCUGUACAAAAUCCAACACUUUCAUACUAUGUAAUGCUCUACUGAAAAUAAAGUACACCAUAUGUACAUA